AUGGAAUUUAUCAAUGGGGCUCUCAACGUCGCUGGUAAUGUCGUUGGAAGCAUUGUGAGUCAUUUAAACUCUUAUAAAUCAAUUUUUUUCGUUAAAUAUAUUUGUAUUCUGAGUUCCUUGAAAUCAUUUUCUGUGAAGAUGUUUUUCUCAAGAGUUGUAUCAGGCUUUAUAUUUUGAAAAAGCAUGGAAAAGUUUUUUAAAUGUUUCGAGGGAAACUAUUGCAUUAAAUCGGGAGAAAAAAAUCAGUUAGAAAGAAUCUCGGAUAACAAAAAAAUGUAUUUUUUUCCUUUAUUUGAUUUCAAAAAAACAUUUUUCAGUUUGGCAACCCGGACACACCUCGACUGAACGCUGAGGCGAGAGGAACCAGAGAAAGGUUAUUUUUUCUUUCUUUUUCGAUCCUUCAGUCGUUUUUUAGCUGCUUUUUAGCAUCUAUUCAAUAAGAAAGAUAAAGAAUCGAAAGCAAAAGUAUUUUUUUGAUCCUCAGAAGCUUUUGUUCAAAAGAACCUUCCAUUUUUUUAAAUAUCAUUUAUUAAUACCAAUUAAAUAAUCAUUUAAGGACCGAAGAAUUUCAUGAGACCUCCAAUUUUACGAGUUACUCAUAGUUAUAGCUUCUUUGAUUGAAGAAUCGUAUCCGCUCAAAAUCAUGCCGAGCGGAUGAGAGAGAUCCAAAAAGAGUCCGCAGAAGGCCUGGAGAGACAGAGACGCGAAAAUCUGGAAGAACGUGAGACGGCUGAACAAAAUUUGAGAGAUCAACACGCUGAGACCCUGAAGAUCAGUGAAGGCGAGGAGAAAGACCUGGAUGAGAGACUUUGGAACAUAGCGACCGCCGAGACCAGGAACAUGAAUGACCGUUUGGAGUGAGUUGCGGUUCAAGAAACGUAGUUAGAGGCCAGAAAUUUCUGAAAAAGGGUACUCACUAGGAUUUGGGGGAUGAGUUAAUGGUCAAGAGCCUUAACUAAAAGCAGUAGGGCUCUCAAAAAAUGCCUAAAAUAUGGAACAUCUAAGGACUAAGUUUUUGUGUAACUAAUAUUAUUUCAAAUUCACAGGGUUCUCAAAAAAACCGAAAGAACGAAAUUCGAGGGCCGAAUCUUAGUUAGAAACCACAAAAUUCUUGAUAAGGCGCAAAAAAAUCGAGAAUUCGCAAGUCAACUUUUUGAUGAUCAAUAGGUACCAGUGACAUUUUAUUCUGACAUAUAGGAUGCAUAUUUUUCGAAAAGAAUAGAAGAACUUCUGAAAGAAAAAAUUAUCUUGAAAAAAUUGCGAUCGAAACUUUUGUUUUCAUUUUUUGAGACCUUCAUAAGUAGCCAAAAAUUGAGAAACAAGUGGAAUAUUUUUUUUUUUACAUUGAUUUCAAGUUCUUUUCUUAUAAAAAACAUUAUUUUUUUACAACCUUUUUUUUUAUGAAAACUAUCCAGUAGAGAAAAACUGCGAACACGGAAGUUACCCUAAUGUUAACUAAUUUUGCGCAGAGUUUUUUCAUUUUAUUUAUUUAUUUUUUGCUGAACUAUUUUGGCUUUUUCCUUUUUCACAGGAGCACGAAAAGACCAGAAAGUCAUGAAAAUUAACCUUUCUUGUAUUUACUCAGCAUAUCAUAGAAAAACAUCGAUUCGUUCAGUUCCAACUGAGUUAUGAUCAAAACACGUUGACCUAUCAUUUUUCGUUGCUUUUCAAAGUUCCAAAAGUUGUUUUUUGGGGACCUGUACGAUAAAAACGCGGAAGAACGUCGUCAGUUAGGAGAUCGACAUCUAGCAGAAAUCGUGAAGAAGGAGGCCGAACAGGGAAGAAAACGCGAUGAGCAGAUGGAAAUUUCGAAAGAAUCUCGACGGAAUCAAGACCAGAAACAGACAGAGGCUCAUCAGGACAACCUGAAAAGAGCUGAGGAAGCGAUAGAAGAAAGGAAAAAGGGGCUAGUUGAAUCGAAGCAAGUCCAAGAACUCACCCUGGAAGAAACUCUCAAAGCUUCCAAUCGAAUCAGAGAGGAUGGAGAAGCUCAUUUGACGAAGAUGAUGACAAUGAUGCGAGAAAAAGGAGAACUUGAACGGAAAUUCUUGGCUGCUAGUACACAAAUCGCGAUAGCCGCGAGCCGUGAUUCUGAGGAAAGUAGGCUUCUGGGAAAACUCGAAAACGUCAAAUCCGCUGGUAGAGAUUUUGAGGAGCAGAAAAACCGGACUUUAAAGGCGGUAGGUCCUUUUUCGAGUCACUGGGAAAAUGUUCAAGGUGUAAAACUUCUUUUCUAUAAGCUUUGAAAUAUAUUUAUCAAGCACUACGGAACAGCUUUUGGACUGCUAGUUAAGAAAAUUGGAAAAAAAACAAUCUGUUGAGUUAUGAAUCGAUCUGGAGCUUGUUGGAAUAGGCAGAAGCUUUAAAACUUUUUUUUUCUGAUGUUUAGCGCUUUCUUUUUAGUUCAGAUCUUUUUUAGGUUACGCCAGAGUGGUCCCUAGAGAGGUUAGGGGUUAUAAAAGCCCCUAAGGGAAAAAUCGAGGUGAUCUCUAUAGGGGUUGAGGAUCCUAAGUCUCUCAAGCAAUCUUGAGUUAUCCCUAUAGUGAUCUUUCGAUUUUUUAAUAUUUUUCGAAGGGUAAACGAGUAUAGGAAUUACUAGCACCCUUCAAUUAUUAUUAUUAAAGUGAUCGCUAACGAAAACCUCCAGAAUUACUACUUUUGCAAGCUUAAGUGGCAUUCUAGGGGAAGGUGAAGAGGUCCCUAGAGGGAUCAUUCCUUUAUCUCUCUGGGGACCAAUCUGGCCCAAGUAGGAACAGGAGGGAUUUUUUUUCGUUUCUUGACUUCCUAACCCAAAAAUUUGGUCUACAUACAUCAUAGGCGAAUCGAGAAAUGGUAUCGCGAGACCCUCUGAGGUAUAUCGCAGGCUCUAAAAUCUCACGAUGGUACCUCGAAGAUACCUCUGAGGACUUUGAGCAAAAGAAGAGGGACUCCAGGGAGACUCUAAAAUACCUCCGAGAUGGCUCAGAUAUAGCUAAAAGGUGUGCUGGAGGUCUCACGAUGGACACGUUAUGAGGUCUUCACGAUCCAUUUCGAGAGGUAUCUUUGUGGACACAUUAUGAUACCUUCUCGAUUCGUCUGGGGUUGUACACCUCGAACACUUUCUUCAUGAGUUCAGAAAAAAGCCAAAAGUCCACCGAAAAAACGAGAAAUUUCAGCUUCUCCUGUACCAAACGGCGAAUGUAUCUGAAAAUGGCGAGCUGGCCAAUGUGAGCUCUCAAAAUAUGCUUUUUUUCGGAACCGUCUUUUUUCUAGCGUGAAAUUUCGAAACUGGAAGGAAGCAUUCGCGACCUCGUUAGAAAAAGUUCAGAUCUCGAGUCGACCAUGUCCAGGAGCGACUCCAUUGACGGGGAUCAGGCAGGAAAAGAUAAUUUGAAGGUCUGAAUCCCCGAAGUUUCUGGAAAAUUUCGCGAUUUUCAGAAGUUUAUCAAGGACCUGAGAAGUUGCUGUUCGACGGCUUCCAGAGAAUUGCCGACCUUGUCCGUGGCUUUACAGGUUGGUUUAAAUAAGAGAACUCUGACCCCAGUCGCCAGCUUUCCGCCAAUCUUUCGCCAGCGCGCGCCGCGUCUUUCGCGAGCUGGCGCGCCAUAUCGCGGCGAGCUGGCGAGAAACGCGCCAGAAAUUCGCCAGGCUUAUCUAUAGAGCGCAGAUUCCCCCUUUUUUCAAUCAUUUCCCUUCCUCCAAUAUUGUUAUUUUUUUAUAUACUAAAAAAAUAUUUUAUCAACUUUUAUUAUUUUCACAAAUACAAAAAUUUAAUGGAAAUAAAAAUCAACAUGUAAAAAUCGAACAUGAAGAGAACUUGAAAAAAAUGAGAUAUAAGAAGGAAACGCUUGCAAAGUUUACAACUUAAUUUAAAAACAAUAUCUUUCGAUUCGAAAAAGAUCAUAAUAACAGAACAUCAAAAACUUUACCAAACAAUACAUCUUAGAAAAAUGUGAGCCAAAAAAAAAUCCGAAGAAAUAAAGGAAACUUGAAGUUGACUGCUCGUAAAAUUUUCGAUAAUAUGCAAAGAGUUAUUUGUUGCUUCAAAUUACCAAAAAGAAGAGAGAAAUUUUAAAGCUCCAACGCAUUUAAAAAGUGAUAUCGACGAGCAGUCAAUUUAUAUCGGAGACAAAGUUAAAAAUCCUUUCAAAAACUUUUUAAUGGAUACAUUAAGCUGUUUAACAAAUCCUCUCAAGUUAUUUUCGUACAUACUUCGACUAAAAGGUUGAAAUUCAGAGGAUAAAAGAGCAAUACUAGAGUCUCUGAUGUAAAAAAAAGUUUGAGGAAGUUUUAUCGUCAAAGGCCGUAAAGUGGUAAAGGCUCUAAUAAUAAUAAAUGGCUUAAAUUUUAAAAAUCAGUUUAUAGAGAAUUAAAUAGAAGACUCUUAUACAAAGUUUUUUUUGAAAAGAGAAAAAUCUUUUUACUCGUGAAGAAAACUUUGAGCCAUUUAUCACUUUACUUCAAAUGGCCACAAAAUAAAGAAAAAUAGUGUGAAGAGAUUCUGAUUUUUCACAAGUAUGAUCAAGGCAUUACAUUUUUGUUGUGCAGUGAUACAACACGGUUCUUCAAAUUUAUCAGCCCCUUUUCAAAGCAAACUACGAAACUUAUUUUCAAGUCCGAAAAAAACUGCUUCGAAAACUCUACUCGUCAGCCGAACUUCGCGAGCAUGACAAAUCCGAGUAAUAUUUUUGAGGCUAAAAUAUAUAAGCUGUAUUUUUGAAGCUGACUUUUUACGGACACAAAAAUACAAUAAUUUGGGUGCAUCAAGAUAUUUUUGAGGCUCAUAAAGUUGAUGAACGUGUAAAGUUUACAAAUAUAAAAAAACUUGAAAAUUUCGCGGACAUUUUGCGUCGUACCCGUUCUCCGUAUUUUGGUCAAAGCAUCGUUAUCCAUUUGCAAUGAACAUCAUGACACCGUCGGGUGAGAUCGAAAAUAUAUCGAUGAAGUACUUUACAUGAAAUCCAAAACUUACCAAAGUAAGAGGAAAAAAAACACCCUUCAGCCGUAACGGGGACUUCCUGACGAUGCUUUUUUUUCUGAAGGAAGCAGUUGAGGAAAAAAGUAGAAAGCACUUACUAAUUCAACUGGAGUCGUUCUUUCAGCCUCACGGAAAGAGAAGUUCAGCAUGAAAACAUUAAGCUUUUAGAGCGGUUGAUCAUCCACGAAACCAAAUCGAGAAAAUAAUUCGAAUUUUCUUAUUUACCAACCUUUCAAGCUGUUGUUUUUUAAACCUGAAACCCUCCGUCGCAUCACAUUUACUGAGCUCUACACAAAUAAAACAAAGGUUUAUAUUCUAAUAAAUUUCUGACUUUUUUUAAACUUCUUUUCAACUAAUCGCGUUUCUUUCUUCAAACGACCUACGCAACCUACAGUUUUCUACUUCUAUGCACAGCUUUUUUUGAAUUUUUUUACCAAAAAAAGAAAAAAAUGAAAUCAAGAAAAAAAUUGCUUGUUACAUCAAAACUGCAUUGCGGCAUCGCUUCUGCGCUAGUUCGGACAAAAACAGGAAACGAACACUGAAAAAAAUCGUGAAAUCAGCAAAAAAAUCAAAUAGAAAAAAACAAAAAGGACAAAAAAAGCGAGUCCCAAAAAUUUUUAGAUCGAAAUAUAAAAAUACAGUAAUAAAAAGCAAAUUCGCGCUAUUGGUUAUGUCGCCAGAGAAUCGCCAGGAAACCGCCACAAAUUUGAUGGGCGCGAGCUGGCGAAAUGACUUUUUCUGGCGGAUAGCUGGCGCCUGGGGUCAGAGAAUAUCUUCAUAGUGCAUUCAAUCUUGGCCCCAAUCGAAGAGAAAUACAAUAAUUUAAAAACACUUUUUGUAUUUCGCGUCAGGACCUUUUUCAAAACUUUUGAGUUACUUGGGUAAAUGGGACUGUUUGAAAUUUGAAUAUUGGAAGGUGUCGAAAAGGAAAAAUUUUUUCCAAUUUCGAAAUGGAGUUUUUCAAAAGAAAUAUUACGACUUUUCCUAUUUGGAAAAUUAAAAAAGCCAUCAAAAAGUUCGAAAAUCCUCAUUAGGCGUUUAAAGGAGCAUAGGGUAGGUCUCAAGGCAAAAGUUCGUUUUUAGUAUUUUUUAGGCCAUUCAUAGCGUUUGAAAAAAUUUUUUCCAUUUUUGACUUCAUUUCGAAAACUAAACGGAUGAUUUGGAAAAUAAUUUCAUAGUGCAGUUGGGGCUCACCCCAAUUAUUUAAAAAAAGCUACAGUAAUCCUCAAAAUGAUCAUAUUUCGCGUCAGGACCUUUAUUUAAGUUCUUUGAGAAAACGUGAGAGUAUUCAAAUAACAUACUUUUCGCAGAAGUAGGCUCGAAAAUUUUUCGAGUGUCUGCGUCUCUCUGUUCCCUUACCACCGAGGUCAUAGAAACGCGAAAAUAGCGCGUCAGCAAGAGAGGGUCGUCGAGAGACGAGGAGGGCGCAGACAAGUCCUUUCAAGUCGCCCAAAACGGACUAUACCUAUUUUAGCGGGAAAAAUAACUGAAAUGUCUGUGUUUUUUUUCUCUCUGAUGCUCUUCUUUUCAUUUUAACGUCGGUCAGAGAAAGGAGAGCGCAGACGGGAUAGAGACGAUUCCAAAUAGUAGCGAAUAGGGUCUAUAAAAGUAAUAGCACUUUUUUUGGAGUUAUUUGAAAAAAUGCUGUAUUUUUUCAGACCGGCCAGGCGAUAACCUCAAAAUCAAUCGAAGCCCUCGAAUGCUCGAUUCAGAAAAUCGAAGAUUCUCUGAACGAAAUUCCCGAAAUCCGCUUAGGAAAUCACGCUUUGAAACUGACUUCCUCCAUGUCACUCAAAGUUAAUCAACCGGCUAUUACCGAUUCUUGA